AGUGAAUGAUCGUACAGAAAAUAGGAUGGGAAUCAAUGAACCAAGCAAGCAGGCAAGCAAGCUACCUCCGUAAUUGAGAGCCAAAAAGCAGAAUCUCACCCCCUCCCCAUACACACACUGUGACGGAGAAAAGAAUCAACGGAUCAAGGCGAUGACAUCGCCUGGGUCGAAGAAAGUGGUUCCCGCGGACGGAUCGGAGAAGAAUCAUUCAGGGAACCUGGGAAGAACGGGGGAUCUCAAUGAAAGUGGAAGCAGCAGCGGUGGGGGAGAAGGAGGCACGUUUGAGUAUUUCGGACAGGUCUAUCAUUUGGGUUCGAAUAAGAUCGGGCACGAGUACUGUCAUCUCCGUUACCUUUUCAUUAGAGGCAAAUACGUCGAGAUGUACAAACGGGAUCCCCACGAGAACCCAGACAUUAAACCCAUAAGGCGUGGUGUCAUAGGGCCUACAAUGAUGGUUGAAGAGCUUGGACGUCGCAAAGUUAGUCACGGGGAUGUCUACGUCAUUAGGUUCUCUAACCGGUUGGACGAGAGGAAAAAAGGAGAAAUUGCUUGUGCUACCGCUGGAGAAGCCAUGAAAUGGGUUGAGGCUUUUGACGAAGCAAAACAGCAGGCUGAAUAUGCACUAUCCAGAGGGGGAAGCACAAGAACAAAAUUGAGCAUGGAGGCCAACAUUGAUCUUGAAGGACAUCGACCUAGAGUAAGGCGUUAUGCUUAUGGGUUAAAAAAGCUUAUCCGAAUUGGGCAAGGUCCGGAGACUCUUUUGAGGCAAUCCUCUACCUUGGUUAAUGAUGUCAGGGGUGAUAGUUUCUACGGAGGUGGAGACAAUGGAGAUGCAAUCGAGGCACAUGAAUGGAAAUGUGUUCGUACAAUCAAUGGUGUUAGGAUUUUUGAAGAUGUGGCUAACUUCAAGGCUGGUAGAGGAUUUCUUGUGAAAGCAGUAGCGGUAGUUGAAGCUAGUGCGGAUGCUGUGUUCGAAGUGAUUUCAAAGCUUGACAAACAUCAAAGAUACGAGUGGGAUACAGUAACAGGUGAUUCGGAAUUGAUAGACUCAUACGAGGGCCACUAUGAUGUCAUUUACUGCGUAUAUGAUCCUAAGUAUCUUUCACGUAUAUUUUUCAGAUGGCAAUCAAAGAGAGAUUUUAUCUUCUCUAGACAGUGGGUUCGUGGCCAAGAUGGAACAUAUACAAUCUUACAGUUUCCAGCAGUGCAUAAGAAGCGGCCUCCAAAGUCCGGAUAUCGACGUACAGAUAUAACUCCAUCUACUUGGGAAAUCAGAAAUUUGAAAAAGCGAUCAGAUGCAGAACCUCCAAGUUGUCUUGUAACACACAUGCUAGAAAUCCACUCUAAACGCUGGUGCAAAUGGAAGAGAACUAGCUACUCAAAGUUUGAAAAGACUAUUCCAUAUGCAUUACUCCUCCAAGUGGCAGGCCUGAAGGAGUACAUUGGAGCAAACCCGGCUUUCAAGUAUGAAGCCUCCUCUACUGUUGUACAGUCCAAGUUAUCAGAUAUUCCGAGUGGUGAAUAUGUAGAUGAGGAAAUGGAGGAGCAGUUUUAUGAUGCCACAGACUCAUCAUCUGAUGAGGAGGAAAGCGAUGAAGAUGAUGAGGAGCAGGACAAAAAGGAGAUAAAAGUCAAACUCAAGAAUGUUUCAUGGGCAAUCGCCAGCCUAUCUUUGAAGCAGCCUAAAGCUCCAGGCGCAAGUAAUGAAUUAGACACUAGUGUUGAUCCUGUGGAUAUCGAUCCAAGUCAGAUCCAAGGAUCCCUGCGCAAAGGAAAUGGUGAUAAGGACUCAAAUUGCUGGAAUUCUCCGAGUGGCAUGGGGUUUAUGAUCAGGGGAAAGACCUACCUGAAAGAUAAUGCAAAGGUAAUGGGUGGGCAGCCCCUUCUGACACUUGUAUCAGUGGAUUGGCUUAAAGUUGAUAAAGCUGUAGACAACAUCGCUCUGCAUCCGAAAUGUCUUGUCCAGUCAGAACCGGGGAAAAAGCUGCCGUUCAUCCUAGUCAUCAAUCUUCAGGUACCAGCAAAGCCGAACUAUUGUUUGGUCAUGUAUUAUGCUGCGGAUCGACCUGUAAGCGAGUCUUCCUCGCUUGGAAAAUUUGUAAAUGGGAGUGACAGUUACCGCGACUCAAGAUUUAAGCUGAUUCCAAGUAUUGUUCAGGGGUACUGGAUGGUCAAGCGGGCUGUUGGAACAAAAGCCUGCCUGCUUGGUAAAGCUGUAACCUGCAAGUACCUGAGGAAAGAUAAUUUUCUGGAGAUUGAUGUAGAUAUUGGAUCAUCGGCUGUUGCCCGGAGCGUUAUUGGUCUGGUACUUGGUUAUGUCACAAGCCUCAUUGUUGAUCUGGCCAUCUUGAUUGAGGGAAAAGAGGAAACAGAGUUGCCAGAGUAUAUUCUUGGGACGGUUCGGCUUAACCGAAUAGAGCUAGAUUCGGCCGUCUCUUUUGAGGAAUGAAGAACAGACGAUGAGUACGAAACAUGUGUCUUAUGGAUCGCUGCUACUAUUACCCACCCUUUUGGCGAAAUAUAGACAAACAAAGGGAUACCAAAAGAUACUUAAGAUUUAUGUUUCUUCCAAACUUGUGGAUUGGAUCAGCAAAAUUUAAUUCAGGGAAAUAUCAAGUCUUCACUUUGACUCUUUAUUUAAAACCUUUGGUAAUAAUACAAAGUGGUAUUUUUAAAGAUACCCUAUGUAUGUUUAUAAAUCUAGAAA